AUGCGCUUCUCUAUCUUUGCCAUCGCCGCCUCGCUGGCUGCCUUUGCAACUGCUUCUCCUCUGGUCAAACGUGCACCUAUCAUCAACACCACUCAGCCCUUCUAUCUCUUAACCACCGACUCACCAACCUACUCUUCGAACUCAUCUCUGCUUCCCAACGUCUCCUUGACCAGUCUCUUCGACCCCUACUAUCAACCCAACUAUCUCCUCCGCCUCAUCGCACCUGGCUACGGCAGUGUACCUCAGUUCACACUCUCGCAGGGAGUGUUGCACACACCUGGAAAGGGACCCCACGGUAUCGGCGACUACAUCUUCAACAGUACCGAGGUACACACUGGCUCCGAGUUGCAGUUCAGGGCUCAGUAUGAGGGUGCUGGAGACCUGAGUCUCGAGAGGGGAUAUCUGCUCGGUGUCAAUGGAAGCACGACUGGAUGGACCAUCUGUGUCGAAGAGUUGGGCCAGAGAGUUAUUGAGUGGCAGGGCACCGAUGAGGGAUGCACGCAGACUUACAUCCAGGCUGCUUUGACCGUGCCUUACUGA